AUUUCCGGCAGACUUGUUGCAAUUCAAAGCGCGCGCGGACACCGGUCAUGUUAAAAUGGGGGUGGGGGACGUCACGUGAGCAGCAGCCCCACCCCCCCAUCGUAAAAGCCGGCGCUUCCCUCCUCAUGUGCAAACGACGACACAGUGGUGUAGAGUGGGGCCCAGCGACCUGUGGCGGCCUUUGCUUGGACGACAGCGGACAACUGGGGGGGGGGGGCGGGGACGGGCACGGGAACUGCCUUGGGCUGCCGAGAACGUCGUUCUUGGAUUUUAGUCAUUUUCUUUCAAUGUUUUUGCUGCGGCCCUCAACCGGACCGGAUCGAGCCGCACCCGUGGAGGGGAGCCGACAUGGCGCACGUUAACGCCACCCCGACCCGACUAUGAAUCCGCAGUCCCGCUUCUUUCCCGAAAUGGAGAGGGUGGAGCCGGAACAGGAGAGCGAGGCGGAGCCGCCCAUGCACGGCGUGCACGGUUCCAACCGGACUCGACCGUCCUCCUACCGGGCCCUGCGCAGCGCGGUGUCCAGCCUGGCCCGCUUGGACGACUUCAGUUGCGAGAAGAUCGGCGCCGGGUUCUUUUCCGAAGUGUUCAAGGUGCAGCAUCGCGUGUCCGGCCAGGUGAUGGCGCUGAAGAUGAACAUCCUGGCCAGUAACCGGGCCAACAUGCUCAGGGAGGUCCAGCUGAUGAACAGACUGUCACACCCCAACAUCCUCAGGUUCAUCGGCGUGUGCGUCCACGAGGGGCAACUCCACGCGCUGACAGAGUACAUCAACGGCGGCGACCUGGAGCAGCUGUUGGACAGCGACGUGCACCUGUCGUGGAGCGCUCGGCUCGCCCUGGCGCUGGACAUCGCGCGGGGCCUGCGCUACCUGCACUCCAAGGGCAUCUUCCACCGAGACCUCACCUCCAAGAACUGCCUCGUGCGCUGGGAAGGCGGCGUGUGCUCCGCCGUGGUGGCAGACUUUGGCUUGGCGGAGAAAAUACCGGAUUACAGUGGAGAAGUACACCAGGAGCCUUUGGCUGUGGUGGGCUCCCCCUACUGGAUGGCUCCAGAGGUGCUCCGUGGCGAGCUCUACAAUGAGAAGGUGGACGUGUUUGCGUACGGCAUCAUUCUCUGUGAACUGAUUGCCAGGAUACAGGCAGACCCUGACAUCUUACCGCGCACCGAGGACUUUGGUCUGCAUGUGGAUGCCUUCAUGCAGAUGGUUGGCGACUGCCCCGCCCACUUCCUGAACCUGGCCGUGGUGUGCUGUAAUAUGAGCUCCGAGCUGCGUCCGUCUUUCUCCCAGAUCGCCGCGGACCUCGAGCGGACGGACGAGCCCCCGGCCGCCGAGCGUUCGGCGGUGGCCGGCCCCCCGCGGCGGGGCUCCGCGGGCCCGCCGCCGGACGACCGUCUCUCCCGCAGCAAGUCGGACGUGCUGCGGCCCGCGUCGCCGCCCGCGCGGGUCAACCCCUUCUCGCGGCGCGAGGACCUCAAAGGCGGCAAGAUCAAGCUGUACGACACCCCCAGCAAGUCUGUCAUCUCGCUGACUUUCGCCCUGCCCCCGCCGCCCGACUCCCGGCGAGGCGAGCCGAGUCUCGGUCGCCAGCGGCGCUGCCAUUCGCUGCCGUGCCCGCCGCUCGCCUCCCCGUCGCCGCACCCGUGCGGCUGCCAGAUCCACGGCGGGGACGACUCGGGCCUCCCGCCCUCCCUGGACCAAGAGAAGGACGAGCUGGUGCCGAUGGACUGCUCGAGCUCGCCGGAGACUCUGGACGGCUCGUCGUUGUCGUCUUACUCCAAGCUGCCUUCCCCCCCCAGCAGCACCUCCACUCCGUCCCAGACCUUCACCAAUGGGUGGCCACGUUUGGACAACAGCAAAGUGGUCCUGAACGGACCUUUGGUCUGGAGCGCCGGCCCCGCCGGCAUCAACAACAACGGUUGCCGCUCGCCCCCCAGCGAGCCCGACGCCCAGUCCCUGGACCAGGACGAGGCGGUCUCGUGUCCGGCGUGCUGCCUGGCGGGCCUGCGCUUCCCUUCGGUGUGUCUCCGCGCGCCGCACCGCAACGCCUAUAAGAAUCUGAACAGGGACGGCGCCGCCUCCCGUGGGCUACUGUGUCCCAAGAGCCCGCCGCCAUCGCCCACGCCGGCCGCCGCCGCCGCCGCCCGCUUGGAGCCCAAAUAAAAUGGCCCCUGGGUGAAAUCCGCCUUUGGGAUUUGCACACAUUUUAACGCAGCAAUAUAUAGUAGAGGCUUGCUAAAAGGGUCGGGGGAAUUUCCUGUACAUUUCCAGGGAGCUUUGGUCAUUUUCCAUUUCAAAUUGCAAACUUUCCGUGAGAAUGGAGGCUCAUUUCAUGGAAAAGUGUUCUCUUAGCUUUCCUAUUCAUUUUUUUUUUGGUUUAUUGAUUCCCAUGGGAAGUUUACAACUUUCAACCCCACAAGGACUGUGAAGCCUGCUCGUUAAUCUACAAAAAAAAAAAAAAAAGAUGACACCCGAGCCAAAGGUGUAUGUAGAAUUGCCUACAGAUGUCAUAGCGGCAAAGCACUACGUUUGUCUUAAUGAAACUUCCUUGUCACCAAAAUAGUUCCGCCUGGGCUCGGUGCUUCGCUUGGGUUUGGCUUGUCUGCUACCCUCUGCUGGGCUGAGGGUGCCCCUAAGCGCCUUCCUCCACGAACCCCCCACCCCACCCCCCCACCUGACGCAUUCCGCAAGCAUCCAGUCCAGCUUGAAAAGUCGUCGCAUGACGCAAAACCAUAGAUUUCAACCAGGAAUGUUAAGCUGAGUAUUAUUGUUGCAAAAAUCCUGUUUUGGGGAUGUUUGGUGCUGUUAAGUCUUAAGUUUGUGUGCGUGUGUGUGUGUGUGUGUGUGUGUGUGUGUGUGUGUGCGUGCAUGCGCGCCUUCUGUUUAGGCCGUUUUGGUUGCCCUCCAUUCUGUAUUGGCACUUGAGUUUGCCACUUGAAGCACUUCAAGUGAAUUCCUGCUGUUAUUUAAACUUUCAAGGGAAUGAACGGUCUGAGACCUGCUUACAAGCUGUUCGUAUUCUUAUUUAAUAAUAAAAAAAAGGUUGAUAUUGAAUUAAAUAAAAAGUAUCUAUUAAAUGCA